AAUGGCGAGCUGAGUGUGCCAGACAAUCUCGAUUCGACGAUGCAGCUGUUAUUCAUGGCGUGUAAAGGGGAUGUGAAGGGAGUUCAGGACUUGUUGGAUGAAGGCAUUGAUGUAAACAGCAUCGAUUUGGAUGGGAGGACUGCUCUUCACAUUGCUGCCUGUGAAGGCCAUGUGGAAGUUGUCAAGCUUCUGUUGAGUAGGAAGGUUAAUAUGGAUGGCCGUGAUCGCUGGGGUAGCACGGCAGUAGCUGAUGCCAAAUACUAUGGAAAUGCUGAAAUUUACAACAUUUUGAAGGCCCGUGGAGCCAAAGCGCCAAAAAUCAGAAAGACGCCAAUGGCUGUAGCAAAUCCUCGAGAAGUUCCAGAAUAUGAUCUAAACCCUCUGGAACUUCAAAUCCGCAGAAGUGAUGGAAUCUCAAAGGGUUCAUAUCAAAUUGCCAAAUGGAAUGGAACGAAAGUUUCGGUAAAGAUACUUGACAAGGAUAGCUAUACAGACCCUGAAAGCAUAAAUGCUUUCAAACAUGAAUUAACUUUGCUAGAAAAAGUACGGCAUCCAAAUGUUGUUCAGUUUGUUGGAGCAGUCACACAAAAUAUACCAAUGAUGAUAGUCUCUGAGUAUCAUCCAAGGGGUGACCUAGGUAGCUAUCUGCAAAAGAAGGGACGUCUAUCUCCUUCUAAGGGGCUACGAUUUACUCUUGAUGUUGCUAGGGGUAUGAACUACCUUCACGAAUGCAAACCAGACUCAAUUAUCCAUUGUAAUCUAAAGCCAAAAAAUAUUUUGCUGGACAGUGGAGGUCUCCUGAAAGUUGCAGGAUUCGGUCUGGUUAGAUUGUCAAAAAUUUCACCUGACAAAGCAAAGUUGGUGCAGCCGGAGGCUGUUGACCGUUCAAUAAGUUUUGAGAAGUUGGUGCAGCCGGAGGCUGUUGACCGUUCAAGUCCCUAUGUGGCACCUGAGAUUUAUAAAGAUGAAAUAUUUGACCGGAAUGUGGACAUAUAUUCAUUUGGCAUUGUACUCUACGAGAUGAUGGAGGGAACACCACCUUUUCAUACCAAGUCUCCUCAAGAGGCCACUAGACUGAUGUGCUUUGAAGGCCAAAGACCAGCAUUCAAAUCGAAAUCCAAAUAUCCUCCAGAGCUUAGAGAGUUGAUUGAAGAAUGUUGGGAUCCAGAAGCUUUUGUACGGCCAACGUUUUCUGAGAUCAUUGUGCGGAUGAAUAAAAUUGUUGCUAACAGCUCAAAACAAGGAUGGUUGAAAGAUACUUUUAAGCUUCCUUGGUUAUAAGCGUGCAUACAAAGUGCAAAGACGCAGAAAAAAAUGAAGCCAAUUGAGCUUAUCAGCGGAAGAUUCUCGUGGAGCUUUCCACUCAAAAUUGAUCGCGCAGAAACAUAUAAACCUAAUAAGCAACCUUCUAUUCGCGUGAUUCCCUGAAAGCUUUAUAUUGUGGUUAACCAAAUAAAAGGCAGAUUUGCAGGGUAAAGGAAAUGGGGUUACCAUUAAAUCUUGGCUCUCCCGUGUUGUCCUGUUCUCAGUAAGUUUGAACUCCACUAUAUAUAUGUGAAGCAUCUUUGUUUAAUCUAUAGUAUUUGAACAUGGUGUGAACCAAGUAUAUUUUGCUUUACGAGGGGAAAACAAAGGUUAUAUAAGAAAAACUGGAUACUACUGCAUAUCCAUCAAUUUCUAUUCUUCUUAUUUUC